AUGGAGAUGUUUUCGCACUUCAGGCGGUUGGGCGCGUCGUUGAAUUUGAAAGAUAUCAUAGAUGGGAGUGGCAGUCAUCCAACGUUUUUGCAAAGUCUUAAUUUGCCAGCCACUGAAGCACUUGCUGCGAGAUAUAAGGCAGAGUGGGAAACUAUCCGAGCCCAUAAUGAGGAUACUUUUAAAAAAGCUGCCAUGGCGGACGAACAAGUAUGGAGGAUUCUCAAGACGUGUGAGGAACAUUUCGAGACAUGCCAACAAUUACAAUCAGAGGCAAGACAGCUUCCUAAAAUCAAAGCAAUGAUAGAAGAGACUACAGACAUUGCAGUUCGUUUAAAGGAUAGUUUGCGAGAGCUAGACACGAUGAUAAACAAGUAUGUUGAUGACGAAGAAAGAAACAGAAAGGUUCAAAAAGCGCAAAAUGAAUUCGAGGUCCAAAUGGAAAAUUAUAGGAAACGUAUGGAAAAUUCCUGGUUGUUUAAUGGAUCGUCUACAGGCAUCCGUGAAGAAGACAAAUUGACUAGUUUGGAAAGUAUAGAUUUAUUCACUCCAGAAGAUCAAGAAGCAUUAGAAAAUUUUCUUGGGCCUGGAAGUGACGAUGAGGCAAAUGAAACAAUAGCAGGUCCGAAUGUACAAGAUGGUCGCAGAACCACUCAGCCGGAACGAGUGCUUCAGAAGAUUGCGAAUUCCCCAAGGGAUCAUGAGUAUCGCGAUCGGCUGCAUCGCCCUGGAGAGAUUGUUAAUAAAUAA